GCGUGCGUUAUACUAAAUGGAACGAAGAAAACAGUUUGCUUUGUAAAAAUGUUGAAACAGCUGAUGUCCAGUGAAUUAUUUUUUAUUUUUUCGACUAUAGUAUUACUUUUACAUCUAAUUAGCCCCGUAUGGACUGCUAAAAUACUUUUGGUUGCACCAUUUGAGGCACAAUCGCAGUGCAUCCUGAUAACGCCCUACAUAGAGGCAUUGGCCGAGCAUGGCCAUGAGUUGACUGUGAUACAUGCUUAUGGACAUUGUGGAGCUCUUGAAAAUGUUCGUUAUAUAUACAUUAAUCCACGUUCGAAUUCAUAUCCAGAUUGGAUUGGUGAAAAUUUUUCGGGUGUACAUAAUAAAUGGAUUGAAGUAACAUCUAUACGAACAUUUAUGUUAAAACUUUGUCUUCAUUUAAUGGAGAACGAUACUGUGAAAGAUUUACUGAAUUCGAACAGUAAAUUUGAUUUGGUUAUUAUUGAUCCAUCGCAUAUGGAUUGCAUUUAUGGAUUAGCCGCCCAUUUUAAUGCUACGCUUAUGGGCAUAUCAAGUUGUGGAUCUGAUUGGAAUUUAGAUACUUUGAUUGGUUACACUUCAUCGUCGAUAUAUGAACCUAUAUUGCCAAUUGGUUUUAGAUCGGCUGAUACAUUUCUGGAUAGACUCUACAAUUGGUUUUACUUAUCUGAAGAAUGGUUACUCAUGCAUUUGCUCUUCUUGCCCAAAAUUCGUAUGGUGCAUAAUCACUUCUUUGGACAUUUAGAUCAGAGUUUUACGGAAAUUCGCCAGAGUUUUUCUCUAAUGUUAUUGAAUCAACAUUUUACAAUUUAUCCGGCACGGCCUAAUGUACCCAAAAUGAUUGAAGUAGCCGGAAUGCAUUUGCCAAAAAGUACUCCAAGUUUGCCUGAUGAUUUGGCAGAUUUUAUUGAUACAGCCCCGCAUGGAGUAAUAUAUUUUGCUUUGGGCGUUGAAAUGCAAAGCAAGGAUUUACCAGAGGACACACUUCAAAUGCUUCUUAAUGUCUUUGAGGCUUUGCCUCAGCGAGUAAUAUGGAAAUUUGAAACACAGCCGCCGCCAAAAGUAAGCAAAAAUAUCUACAUAGAUGAUUGGCUGCCUCAAAUGGCCAUUUUGGCCCAUCCAAAUGUGAAACUUUUCAUUACCAAUGCCGGCAUGCUAAGCAUAAUUGAGACAAUUUAUUAUGCCAAACCAGUAAUUGGUUUACCGUUAUUUUAUGAUCAAUUCCGCAACUUACAACGCAUUUUGGAAAAUGAUAUGGGUAAGAUGUUAAAUUUAAAUACAAUGACAAGUGAAGAGGUAAAAAAUAGUAUUCACGAAAUGAUACAAGAGCCGCAAUAUCAGCGGAAUGCCUUGGCCCUAUCACAGCGUUUUCGGGAUCAGCCUAUGCAUCCUUUAGACACGGCGAUUUAUUGGACAGAGUACAUUCUACGGCAUAAGGGAGCACCACAUAUGCAAGUCUCCCUCUCCAAUAUGAAAUUUAUUGACUACUAUUGCUUGGAUAAACUUAUAUUGAUAGCAUUUCGAUUUUCCGGCAUUAUGGGCAUCAUGUAUUUUGUACUAUUGAAAUCCAAAUGUUUAUUAAAAGGGUUAACAAAAAUAUAUACUGGCAUUUGGUGUACUAUUACUCACCAUUUCGGUAGAUAAAGUUUUAGCCUCUUGGCAAUGAUUAUUGUCAUAAAUAGUAUCAAUUAUCAAAUCGAAUCUUUGUCUGCAGGCGAGCACUGAUAAGGUCCACAAUUUAUAGUAUCUAAUCGUAAUAUAAGUAGAAAUGCUAAUUGCAAUGAAAACAAUUUAAAAAGAAAACAACAACGAGGACCCGAAUAUACCCGAACAAACGCGAACAAGAAACAAUUGUGUUGAAAUUUAGUCUACAAAUAAAAACUAGUUGCUGACCGAUGAAUAUGGAAGUUUAUUAGUAGUUGAAUAAAUGAUGUUGUCUAUGUCCACACUAUAAAUAUUUAACAAAUUGUCCAAUACAGAAGUGUGUGAAAUUAUAUUCAGAUAAAAACAAAGAGAACCUGUUUAAUUGCUUCAAUCGGUGCGAUAGGUGCAAUGUUAUAUAGAUAACGAUAAAAAAAAACCCUUUGAUUCAACGAAUUUGUGACCAGUUACUUGCAUAAAAAUUGUUCUUUAAAAAAGGCAAAUAUCGCUAGUUUUUAAAAAACCGAAUGUGAUCAUAUAUAAAUGAUAAAUGAUA